AUGGCCGAACAAUCCUACAUCCUCGCCCUCCAGCCCUACCUCGCGCUCGCCAAAUCCGCGACGGGCCGCGCCGCCGCCGACCUCGUGACGCAGGCCACCCAGGCCCCCGGCGUGUUCGUGUUCUCGGAGCUCCUCGAGAUGCCAAACAUCCAGGCGCUGGCCGGAAAUGCCGAUGGCGCAAAGUAUCUGGACCUGCUCAAGAUCUUUGCGUAUGGGAGUUACAGCGACUACAAAGCCAACGCCACCGCCCUCCCCCCCCUCAACCCCGCCCAACUCCACAAGCUCCGCCAACUCUCCCUCAUCACGCUCGCCUCCCAGGGGCCCUCCCACCUCACCUACGCCUCCCUCCUGCGCACGCUCGACCUGCCCAGCACCCGCUCCCUCGAAGACCUCGUCAUCUCCUCCAUCUACGCCUCCCUCCUCAGCGCCAAACUCGACACCCAAUCCGCCCUCGUCGAGGUGUCUAGCACCGCCGGCCGCGACGUCGCGCCCGCCGAGAUCCCGGCCAUGAUGCGCACGCUGCAGAGCUGGGGCCGCGUGUGCGAGGAGGUGCUGGGCGACCUGGAGGCGCAGAUGGCCGCGAUCCGCGACGACGCGGUGAGGAGUAGGCGCGAGCGCGAGGAGUAUGAGCGCGUGCUGGCGGCGACAAAGGAGCAGGGGCGCGGCGGCGAGGGCGAGAAGGGCGGGAAGGGGAAGAGGGGCAUGGCGGAGGGGGGCGAGUGGGAGGAGGAUGAGAUGGAUCUGGAUGAGGCGGGGUUUGGCGAGGCGGCGGGAGGAGGAGGCGCGAAUACUAGUAAGAGGAGGACGAAGGGGAGGUUGGGGUUGGGGUUUGGUAGUGGGGGGAGGAGGAGGUAG